AAUGGAACAAGUAUGGCUGCUGAUCCUGUUGACUGUAAAGGUGCUCCCAGUGAUUGCACAAUUCAAUGGCUACAACUGUGAUUCAAACUUGCACAGCAGGUUCCCUGCUGAACGAGAUAUCAGUGUCUACUGUGGAGUACAAGCAAUUAGUAUGAAGAUUAAUUUUUGCACAGUCCUUUUUUCUGGUUACUCUGAAACUGAUUUGGCACUAAAUGGGAAACAUGGGGAUUCCCAUUGCCGUGGAUUUAUAAAUAACAACACCUUUCCAGCAGUGGUCAUUUUCAUUAUCAAUCUCAGCACUUUGGAGGCCUGUGGGAAUGCUUUAAUGGUAACCUCGGUUCCAGGAAUUAAUGCAUAUGGCAAUAUAUCAACAGUCCAGAUAGGAAAUAUCUCAGGAUAUAUAGACACUCCGGAUCCACCAACAAUAAUCAGCUAUUUACCAGGACUUCUGUAUAAAUUUAGUUGUAGUUAUCCUUUGGAAUACCUGGUGAACAAUACACAACUUGCUUCGUCAUCAGCUGCUAUUUCUGUAAGAGAGAACAAUGGCACAUUUAUUAGCACUUUGAAUUUAUUCCUCUACAAUGACUCAACCUACAGCCAGCAGCUAAUUAUCCCUAGUACUGGGUUACCACUGAAGACAAAAAUUUUCGCUGGUGUGAGAGCAACCAACCUUGAUGGCAGAUGGAAUGUUUUGAUGGACUACUGCUAUACUACACCAUCUGGAAAUCCAAAUGAUGAUCUGCGUUAUGAUCUCUUCUUUAGCUGUGACAAGGACCCUCAAACAACUAUAAUUGAAAAUGGCAAGAGUCAGAUGGGACGAUUUUCCUUUGAGGUGUUCCGCUUUGUGAAGCACAAGAAUCAGAAAAUGUCCACAGUUUUUCUUCAUUGUGUGACAAAGCUGUGCAGAGCAGAUGACUGCCCUUUUCUUGCACCUAUUUGCAGUAAUAGAAAAAGGAGAGAUGCUGUUCAGAGAACCACUUGGAAUCCUCAGAGUACUUCUGGAAGUGCUAUAAUCUCUGCUGGCCCCAUCAUUACAAGGACUGAUGAGACUCCAACUAAUAAUUCACAGCUUGCUGGCCCAAAUGGAUUUGCUUUUCAAAUGAAUUCAGUCACCAGUGCACUGAUAUCAGGAGUAGUGAUUCUAGGAAUUAUAAGCAUCAUGUUUUUGGUGUUUUCUCUCACUCUCCUUCACAGGAAGUUGUCGGGCAGUAGCCCAAUUCUGAAUGGUGUUCAAAAUCCAGUUUUCAAUUAAAAUGAACAAAUUUUUUGGACUUUCUCUAUGAGACUGCAAUGAAAUAUGAUUUCUUUAAAAUGGCACUAAGGCAGCAUUUUGCCUUUUUCAGUUUUCAUCGGUUCCCAUUUGUAGGGUAUACCUGUUAUUGUAUAGCUUAUGAGCAGUAAAGAUAAUAGCUAUUAUUUUCAUUUGAGUAUGUGUGUGAUCAAAUUAUUGGACAUUCUGCCUGUGAGAUUAUUGACAACCAAAAUGGCUUCAAAAGCUUUGAGUGGUAUAAUUUUUUUAAGGCUUAAGGCAAAAUACUUUCUCCAAAUAUGUUAAAUAAAUAAGAGUGCCAAGUAACAUUCAAAAUUACUAAAACCUGGAAAGAAAAACCGCUGUUUUUCUUUCUGUUUUUUCUACACAUUAUAAAUUUGAUGCCAAGCCUUUAUAUAUAAAAUCUAGCAUUUGGAAAAUAUAGUUAUCCUUUUGUUGUUGCUGUUAAACAAGGAAAGUGAAUUGUGGACAGUUUAAAAUAAUAAGUGGUUGUAAUUUUUGUGUUUUUUUGGCAAUGAGAUGAAAUGGUGUGGUGGGCUGGAUUCAUCUGUAUGUGACUUCCCACUGUACACAGAAAUGACAAGAAUAGAUGCAUGACUUGCUCCCAUCCACAUUUUGUCUGAGCCAUCAUCUUUAAUAGUAUACAUUUAAUGCUAAGCUGAAACUACUCACUAAAAAAAGGUUCUCCAACCAUUUUAAUAUGUUUUUUUUGGGGGGGGGCAAUUGCCUCUAAAACAUCCAUUUAUUCAUUUUCUUUAUUCCUUUUCUAAAAUUGUCCUUAGCAUAUCCAGUAUUUACAUGCCAUGACUACAUGGUCCUUGAUUGGUUCAAAUUGUUUGUAUGAUUAAUCCACAACUUGGUUUGUUUUCAGUCACUUAACACAUAGCAAAAUCUGAUCAGCUGUGCAGCAUAAUAGUGUUCAGUAUGUGGUCCCUGAAUGCUAGAAUCAAGUAAUUCAAGAAGGAGAAAGAGCAAUGCUGAAUGUCACCGCUAGGGGAACUAUAGCACAUAAAGGGAAAAAGGGAAAAAUGUUCAAAGUCAGCACUGUUUUGGAGGUAUUCUUAUUUCAUCAAAUGGCUGUUUUCAACCCUAAAAUAUAAAUGGAAGGAUAUUUGGUACUGUCCUGUGCAAAUUCAACUUUUAGUUACCAAGUUAAUCCACUUCUGUCCAUCCAUUUCUACUGGGACACACAAUUGCUCAAAAAUCCAAUCUUGAUUGAGCAUUCUCCAUUUCAAUUUGUGUUCUAUUAAACAUCUUUACAAUACUUUGAACAGGAAAGAAACAAAUUUGUCCAUUCUUGGUAGAUCUCAUUCAACUGCAAUAAACGCUCUUCUGUUUAGUUCUAAUUCUGCCUUCUGGUAUGAAGAAGAAUAGAUGUUCAUCAAGAUUCCAGCAACCUCUGCUAUUAAGAGCAUCAACAAAGGAAAGGUUAUCCUGAACUUAUGACCUCUGGAAGAAAAGAAGUUAAAAUAUAUGAAAGGCUUUUGUAAAAGUUCAUGAGACUUAACGGAGACUUUCAACUUAAUCCCAACUAUUAUUAUACACAGGCAGAAGUAAUUUCCACUGAGCUCAAUGGGAAAUACUUGUGCUUAGGACUCAGUCUGAGAAUCACAGAAGAAAACUCUUUAUAUAUAUAAAAAUCUUUGCCUUAAAAAGUAAAGUGUUCUUUUAUUGAAGAAAAGAAACCCACACAUUUUAUUUAUAGAUUGCAGAGAAAUGGUUAGUCACCCCAGGCAAUGUUAUACCUUAGGAGGA